UUUGUGCAGCUGGGCUCAGUUAAUGUCAAGAGAUGUCAACUCCCCCUCUCGCCGGGGCAGGCAUGCCACCUGGGGCAUUCUCGGGCACACAGGCUCAAGCAGCUAGGGAGGUAAACACAGCUUCUCUCUGCCGCAUUGGCCAAGAGACUGUGCAGGACAUAGUAUUUCGAACCAUGGAAAUCUUCCAGUUACUGAGGAACAUGCAGUUACCAAAUGGUGUUACUUACCAUGCUGGAACAUAUCAAGACAGACUGGGAAAGCUGCAGGAACAUCUCCGUCAGCUAUCGAUACUCUUCAGAAAACUGAGACUAGUCUAUGACAAAUGCAAUGAAAACUGUGCUGGGCUCGAUCCUGUUCCUAUAGAACAACUAAUUCCAUACGUUGAAGAGGAUGGCUCCAAGCACGAUGAUCGUGGUGCUGCAAGUCAACUUCGUUUUGCUAGUGAAGAGAGAAGGGAAAUCAUGGAAGUAAAUAAGGUAACAAAGUUGAAAUGA